AUGUUAGCUAGACACGUCCCAACAGCAGGGAGCGAUGAGAGCGAUGUUUUUGAGGUGGUUGUAGAUGGUUGUAGGUGGUUGUUGGAGUUUUUGAGGUGGUUGUAGGUGGUUGUAGAUGGUUUUAGGUGGUUUUAGGUCGUUCCAUGUUUUAGUAACUACGGGCAACUGUAUUUCUAAGCUUAACUGCCCUUUUGCAUUUACCCUGAAUCUACGUAGGUCUUCCUCAGCCAAAGAUUCAAACAGAGAGGCCUCAAGGAAAAACAGUGCUAAAGAAGCUGAAAAUUCUGGUAGUCGGUUCAUUGCCAAGACCAGCUUCUCCUGAGCUCAGACUGAGUAAACCGGCACUGACUUAAUAUCUCAACUCAGUGGACUCCCUCGAGACCAAGACAAGUGUCCCGCACUGAAUACAGCUAUUUCGAGAAAGGUUGUCGGAAAAAAUGUACACGCGACAAUCCUGAAAGGUAGAAGGUAGUAUGGAUAUGACCAAUAUACUGUUCCUAACGACUGUAGCUGUCGAAUCGAACCUACUUUUGUUGCUUUUCUUUAUAGCACUCGCAAAUAUACGUCCUGGCCUCUCUCGUGCCAUUCGAUUCAUUCAAAUAUUCGGAGUGAACGAUGAACUCAAAACCACCUACAAUACCUUUCUGGAUUGUCAAGUGCACUCCCUUUUCCUACAGCCUCUCGAAAUGACUGUAGAUGGGUCUAGGGUUUGUUAAGGGACCGGUCAUUAUUUAUCUCCUGAAGCGAAAAGGGGGGGCGCUGGAUUUUAGGGGGGAUCACUUAAUUUUUAGGAGAACAAAUGGGGGGAUCAGUCGUAACUGAGAACGCAAAAGUCAAAAGGGGGGAUCGCUGAAAACUUUGGAAAGAUUCAGAGGGGGGACCACUCUAUAUUGCUUGAAAAAUGAAGACAUGGUGGGGAGGGAAAUCACGAAAGUCAUCAAAAGUUAUUAGGGGGAUCACUUCAGUGAAGUAACAUUCAAAUAAGGGAUCGGCUAAAUUUCACAUUGUUCAACCCGUCCUAUUUUAACUACCCUUCAUAUUUGAGGGAAAAUUAAUAAGACUCUUUAUAAAUCGCAAAUUCAAAUCUUGCCAAAACGUCAGAAAAAAUGGCUGCUUUGUCAGACUAAAAACAAUCGUAAUGAUUCUAGUUGCGACAAAAACAUAACAUACAGCACCCGGAAAAGUUAUAAAUGCAUUGACUGAAGUAGCUAUGGCAACAGCUAAGCCACUUGUGUUUAGUAUACGGCUGACCGACUAACCUCUUUUGGGAAUAAUUUUAACCACAAAUGGCUCUUGUGGUCUUGGCAAUGAAUUCCCAAACAAUUGAAGUCCCAGAAAGGUUUUUCUCUGACCUCUUGCGCUCUUGCUCAGAGUGAGAUUCCGUGGAUACAGUUUUUUGAUGAUUUUCGUUGCGUGCCUCGUAACCUGCGAUCAGGCGUUUUCUUUUCUUUUUUCAAAACAAAAGGGAAGAAGGAUACCCUGCGAGCAGUGGUUUCUCCAGGCCGGACGCUACGUCCGUCUUGGAGAAACCACUGCUCGCAGGGUAGAAGAAGGAUAGCCUGAUCGCAGGAUACGUGCCUCCUGUCUUCAAUUGCCUUGGUUACGGGUAUUGGGUACAGUUUUGGUCUGCGGACAGGGCAAUCAUCGUUUUCGCUGCGAGCUUUCCUGUGCUCCCAAGCUGGUCUCGCCCGUCAUUUGAGGGCGGGCCUCGCACUAGUUCCCCGUAACCGCUCUUGCAGCUCACCCUGCCUGUAAUUUCAGCCCUGAAGUCCUUUCUUGAUUUUAUCUUCUCGCGUUAAAAGAAAAGUCCACUUUUUUAAAUCAAAAGUGCAGCCUUCAGUUCUGAAAACACAUUUAUUCAUUCCUACAGGCAUUGUCCAAACUGGCUUUCAAACCAUGCAGCUUCCUUCCUAAGUGACAAGAAAACGUUCUGAAUCACUAAUCUCGAUUUGUCCCUUCUUGUUGUUGCGCAUGUACAUUAUGUUAAAGGAUGGUUGCCCUGCAUUACGUUCGGUCGUGCUUCCAGUUUUGUAGGCGUACAUUUCCUUUAUAAUGUUUCCUUACCCAGAACAAAAACCUCCCCUGCAAGUGUUUCACAGGUCAUAAUAAGAGAGAGUGUAGUGGAAUGUGGUAAACCAAUCCAUUUUUAAUUUGGGGCCCAUUAUCGCUAAUCCGAGAUAAGAAAGAGUUGAAGAAUUUCUUUAUUUAACGUAUUUCUUUGUGAAAGAUGCUAAAAGGUUUUUUUUCCUUUGGGCUUAUCGGGCCUAUAGGGCUGGACAAAUCAUUAAAUUAUUAGCCUACACUCCAUGGUGACAAGCAACAGUAACAAUAAAGCAUAACUAAAAAGCUUUGGCAUCCGAAAUAAAAGAAGUAACAUUAGUUUCGGCAGAUCUACCAAGUUUAUCUAGAUCUGUAAAAUCUGAGGAUUAAAAUGAAAAAUCUGGCAAAUAACAACAUUCUGCCGGUCGGGGUAUGCACUAUAUGUUGGGUAUUUUAUUGCAUAGAUUACUAUCCCUAUAUCAGUGAGAUGACUUAGACAUAAAUAUGACCUCAAUUGCGUAAUAUGUGGGUAACGGUUCAAUGCCAACCAGUCUAAAAAUUUAUCACUAGUUCGAUCAGUUUCCCAAGAUUGGUAAUGCAUUGUUUGUUAAUUAAAUUCAGAAAGUGCUUGAAAGUUUUGCUUACUUUUUAUUAGUUGAUUACUAAAACGAUGCGGGACAUGAAAGACUCAUAAAACCUCUAUGACUCUUGUAUCUUAAGACCAAGUAACGACAGAAUCCAUCAAAUAAUAAAAAAAUGUUGUGUAUUUGACACUUGAUUGGAGCUUACUCAGUAAAGCAUGUCUUAAAAUCAGCCUUUUAUGAUCUGAGGGAAAGAGAGCUGGAAGAGGCAAAAUUUUCAAACACCUCUGGCUAAGAUCAUGACAUAAAGCAUGAAUGGAAGCUAGCAUUAAAGACAAUUUUAAGAUAACUGAGCGAAUCCUCGCGCGCUGAUUGGUCGAGAGCUAUGGUCUAUGAGAUUUUAGACCAUGGAAUGACCUAACAUGUCACGCAGUGCCGGUUGUUUUGAUUUUUCGAAUAAUAAAUGUUAUUGUAAAAAAAAAAAAAAUUCGACCACAAUUUUCCAUGGUGUACACUCUUAUAGACCACAGAAAUGACGCCAUAAAAUGUUCAAAACCUUGCAGUGAAACCACUCGCCUGCGACUCGUGGUUCCACUUGAGUUUUGAACAUUUUAUGCCUUCAUUUCUAUGGUCUAUAUGAGUGUAGAUCAUGGAAAAUUGUGGUCGAUUUGUUAAUUUCCUGUGUAUCAUUUUCCUGUGUAUCAUUUUCAGCUAUUAUUUUGCCUCAUGAUAACGAAGUCACAGGAUACAAGUGUGCACGUGCCAGACCGAUGAGUAUUCAUAAAAAGUGUGGUGACUUAACAUCAUGUUCCAUAGCAACGUCAAAACUUAAUUGUUUGUUUUACAACCCGAUAUAAAUACACAGUGGCCAGUUCCAAUUCAAUGCUUUGUCAGUGACAUAGAGUAUGAACUUUGAAGGUUUUAUAAGACAGAUAGUUUAACGUACACAUCUGAGGAAUCCAUGGAGUUUUUGAAUGUUGUCUUCUUUGCACUGUCUUUUUGGUCGGUCGUCAUCUGCAGCGUGUAUUCAGGUACGUUUCUGUUUUUCUUUACUUAUUUGCAUCACAGAAUGGAACAUUGCAGCCAUUGCAUUGUCUCAAUACAGAGAAAAUUAGAUCGGUGCAACCUUGUAGAUCCUAUCUUCAGACGAGAGAAGUGGAUUUUCAUUCUAUGCAUUUCUUGAGAGGCCUCAAGAGUAGAACUUCUUUAUAAUUAACACAUUUUAAGUGGAUUCUAAGACCAUAAGGGCCAUGCAUAUGACAUCUACUAUAGGUUCUAGAUACAGCUGCUUCGAGAAAGGUUGUCGGGAAAAGUGCACGCGACAGUCCUUAAAGGCAUUGUGUGUGGUUUUGAGUUCUCUUUUUGAGAAAAAAUUUGAAGGAAUUGGUACGAAAGGCCAUGGAAAUGUGUUUGCGAGUGCUGAAGGAAAGCAACAGAAGUAGGUUCGACAGCUACAGUCGUCAGGAACAGUGUAUUGAUCAUAUCCCAUAUUACCUUUCGGGAUUGUCGCGUGCACAUUUUUUCCGACAACCUUUCUCGAAAUAGCUGUAUCCAGUAGAGCAUCAUAAAAAAGUAAGUGGAAGGAAAGAAUAUCAUGCCUAACAACUGCCUCUGUUCCAAUUGACCACUCCUUAAAAUACCAUAACAUACCAUAAUGCUCUUUGUUUGUCACCCCAAAAUUUUGCAUAAGCAUUGUCUUCAGUUUCUCUUGGAAGUUAAGAUGGUCCCAAGAGAAACUGAAAACAAUGCUUACGGAAAAUUUUAGGGUGACAAACAAAGAGCAUUAUGGUAUGUUAUGGUAUUUUCUGGAGUGGUCAAUUUAUGAAGCGUGCAAUAACAGUAAGACGUAUCCCGGUGCCAAUUUACGCGUGCAAUACUUAAUAAUGCUAACACAAAAGGGACAUAAUUAAACAAUAUUUUGUAUAACUGGUUUAAAAAUAUAAUACUUAAAAAAGUCUACCCGUCAUGAGAAUCCUUUCUCUUUCAAUUCAAGAAAAAACUCUGAGUUAAGAACUUUACGAGCACCUUAAGGCAGCGCAACUUGAAUGCAUUUAUGCCGACCUUUGAAUUUAUUUUUGUUCUGUUUUUUUUUGUCUUUUGUUUAGAAAAGGAUUUCUUUUCCGUUUAAUUUUUUUUAUCUUUUUUAAAAUCUAACCCUUAGAAAUUUGGACGACACAUUGUAGUCUCAUACAUCGAAUUUUGCCAUAAAAUCCCCGUUAUUUAUUACUUUGUAUAGAGGGUAAAAUUCAUGGUCUUUCAAGUGUCUUUAGAACGCAAUUAUAAAGACAUUUUGGAGCAGCCUGCUGAUGACAGGGCAUUAUGUUUUUGUAAUAGAUAAAAUUACAUUAUUGUUUUUUUGUAUAAUGUAUUGUUUUUUUAGCUGAUUAGAUGGAUUUGCUUUGUGUUUGUUAAAUAAUUGGAUUAGAAAGUUUAAAAGUACGGUAAAGACUCUCAAACGGAAAUGACAUUCUUUUAAAGGGACUGGUUCACGAUAAUGCGCAUGCGCGCCGUUUGUCUCUUCAGAAUAAAUUUGUUGGGUCAACACUAAAUUCGAAAUCGCCAUUACCGGUACAAUCAUUGAAAAUCCUUCGUUUUAUUCGGACAUCCGUCGCUUUGGCUGGUCUAGUUAUACUUCGGUAGUGGUGAUUAACGUGUGGUUGUGUCGUUUGACUGGUUACGUUUUCAGAAGACGUAAAAAAUAAGGUUUUUAUCAUGGAGGUUCAGAAGAGCAUCGUGGCCGUCCGGCAACAGGACGUUCUCAAGAGUCUUUGGAGAUAGAGAAGCUUAGCCUAUCGAUCUGGUAUGGUUCUGGGAGUAGUGUGUGGCUUACGAAAAGUAUAUACGACACUUGGAAAGCGGUUAAAGGCAUGAGUUCGUUCAACUUUGAUUUGAUUUUUGACUCCGACCUGUACUUAUACCGCAACAGGCUGCGCGAUCUUCACCGAUCUGGUACACUUGAAAUGUUCCUUGUAUCUUUGCUUUACGAUCGUAUAUGUUUAAGAAUUGAUGUUUUUGAAAUAAAUUAUUGCCUGAGUAUUCUGUUUAUAAUCUAGUUUCUUUAUGUGUGCUACUCGAUAACAUUUGUUUUGCGGAACACUGACCCGAUGCAACGCGAAUGAAUUUGUUCAUUUGCUGAUAAGCAUUUGAAAUUUAUGCUCAAUUAAGGAUAAACUUUAUACUCAUACGUUGUAUGUUUUUGUCACCGGUCAGGUGCUAUUUGUAGCUAUUUCUGGAUUUAUAUAAGGCGAACUGAGAGAACAGUAAUAAGAUGUUUGUUUACAAAUUUUGUUUGCCGAUCGGUGACUGCUUUGUUAGUGUGGGUACGACCUCGUAAAAAUACACGUUGGUAAAUGUUUGUUUCAAAGCAGGACAGGGCUGUUAAUCUUAUUCUUAUCGGCCGCAACAUAUAUCUGAGGAGUAGCAAAGAAUAAACUUGAAUUAUGGGGAUAAAUAAAAUCAAACCAAAUGCCCGGAAAUACUCUCGCGUCGCGAACAAUUAAUUUGAAUUUUUUUAAAUUUACUUACAUGCAUCUAAUUCGCUUCCGAUUGGUUGAAAAACAAUCAGCUACUGUCAGAACUCACACAUGCGCAUUAUCGUGAACCAGUCCCUUUAACAAACCAUAUCAUUUUUUAAUUAAUUUAUCAUUGUUCUAGUUUGGAUUGCUACAGCAAUGUUACUGUGAGCCAGCAAUCUUGGACAAAAUGAAAUGGAACAACAAACACUCCCAUCCUCGUGAAACAAGGAUGGAGCCGCGCGAAGGUCAAAACGCGCCAUUUUCCCAUCCUUCUUUUGUUUCCGGAGUGGGGGGAGAGGGGAGUUCUUUAUUUUCUGCCUAAUUGUCCAAGAUUAAAGCAUUUAUUUUUACAUUAAGUGAUCACGUGACUUAUCUCAUAGGAUCUCGCUUGUCCACUCGGGUUAGGGAACAGAUAUCGCCGAUCGCCAUUAAUUAAUUAAAGUUCUGGGUAUUUUUUUCGGUGAAUUCGAUGCAUUAUUUACAAUUACAAUUUGUUUAUAUAUCCUUUUAGGGGCUUCCUGUAAAGAUAACGAUGUGAAUUGCCAUCGGUGGAUAAAUUUCUGUGCAAGUUACCCUAAUAUAAGAAAGAAGUGUCCAUUAACGUGUAAACAAUGUCGUAAGUAUCAUCCUUUUUUCUGUAAACAGGCCAACCUAAUUGUAGAUGAAAAGAACUUGUUCCUCGCAGCUAGUGAAGCUCACUCAAAUCAACAAACUAAGCUGUUGAAACGGAACCUGAAAAGAAAACACGCUCGAGAGGUUUGAAAAACCGUCAAUAUAAACUAGUUGGCCUACGUACAGCCACCUCCUCCUCUAAAAAGUAACACACAAGAAAUAAUGCAAAAUAUCACAGAAAAAGAGGUGGCCGCGGUCAACUUGGCCGACCCCUAACUUCGCCCAUGAGUUCAGGCUAUAGUGUAGUGUGCUUGGGGUAUCAUCUUUUUUCUAAAUCUAAGCACUGUAAGACAAAGCCUACUGCUUUAGGUGCUAAAAGAGACUUUGCCCAUCGAGAAGAAAAAGCUACAGUCGAGCACUACAAAUGCAAGUAAUCGGCGCAUCAGAUCACGUGUAACUUGCACUAGUGAGCACGCCGUUAACGUGCUAUUAAUAAAGUGAACGGACUAAUCAUAGUCAGGCUAAUAAAGUGACGUAUUAUACUCUAUUUCUUUACAGAAAUCACGCCACCAAUACCGACGUCUCCAUCACUAUUUCCUUCGUUAUCAUCAUCAUCAUCAUCACCAUCAUCAUCAUCCUCAGUACUAUUUACGGGUUCAUCGUACAGUUUUGCCCCAACGCGAACUACCAAGUUCUUAAAUCCAAGUACUCCUGACAUCAACGGCACAUGGAAUAAUCGCACAAAAACAGGUUCCACUGUAUCUACAACAAACGCUACAGAAGCAAGUACGCUGAUGUCGAUGCUAUUAGGGUGUAGUUAUUUCUUAUCUCGUUGGUGAUAAAGAAGCAAAGAUAUUGUAAUUUACUUAAAAGUAGGCCAAGGGCAAGAGGGAAUCAGGAUGAGGAUUUUCAUGAAAAAGCAGCUGGAAUAGCCAUGUGAGCAUGUUCUCUUGGCGAUGUUCGACUCGCUUCGAGUGUGAGCUAUCUCGCAGAAUAUGUGCAAAACCUUGCACUUAGUAUCAUAUGAUGUUCUUAGUAGUGGGAUCACCAUAUCUUCAAAAUACAUGAACAGAUAUGAAUGUAAAUAAACGUUCAAGCGAAAUGUUAUUAAUUAAUUUAAAAAAUAAUUAAUUAAAUUCAAAAUUCUGGGUAUUUUUACUGUGAAUUCGAUGCAUUAUUUAACAAUUAAACAAUUUGUUUUUAUUUCAUUUAGCGGCUUCCUGUAAAGAUAACGAUGUGAAUUGCCAUCGGUGGAUAAAUUUCUAUGCAAGUUACCCUAAUAUAAGAAAGCAGUGUCCAUUAACGUGUAAACAAUGUCGUAAGUAUCAUCUUUUUUUCUGUAAACAGGCUAACCUAAUUUUAGAUGAAAAGAACUUGUUCCUCGCAGCUAGUGAAGCUCCCUGA